CGUCAAAAACAUACAAGUAUAUUUUCGAAAUGAAUCACGAUAAUUCGAACGGAAGAAGGUCCCCCUACUUAGGCGGGCCUCAGCAACCGCAACAACCACAACAACCACAACAGUCACCACGACCAUCACCACUACAGCCAGGUGAUCUACCACAAUCAGCGCACUUUAAUUUGCAACAGAAUAAUAAUAAUCUGCAAAAUAACAGUAUGUUACAAAGUCACAGCCCACAACCACAGCAGAACAACACGAUGCUACAGAGCCAUAGCCCUCAGCCCGGUUUAAAUACGGGUCAAAUUAUCCAAGGCAACCAGAUGGGCGGUAAUCAGAUGAAUGCAGGCUCAGGCCACUUCAACAACCACGGAUUCUCAACGGGACAGAGUCUUAUGUCGCAGAGAGAGAUGCCGUAUAACUACCUGAAUGAGCCAGGACUGUCAGUACCUAACCAGUAUUCGGCUAGUCACAGCCGGCCUCCAUCGGUCAACACUUUCGGCGCACACUCCGGCGGUUACCUUGGUGACCAGCUCCUAUCGCCAAUGUACCCCGUAGGCACACUUCCCAAUGGCAGCGGCAGCAACACACCCGUCCCCUUAUCGCCACAAAUACUGUCUCCACGUGGGUUUGAUCCCGGGGCACACCCACGUGUGUUUGAAACCCCACGUGGCUUCGAUGCUAGCCAAACACCGCGCAACUUCGAUCCUAGCCAACCCCCCAGGAACUUUGACCCGAACCAGCCACCCAGGAACUUCGACCCGAAUGCAGCCAACCGAGACUUUGGCCCUAUCAAUAGAAACCAGACUAUGAUGACAGGUCCGGGCCUUUCGUCCCCGCGGCUCAACCAACAAUCACUAGCGCCCAAUCAAGGAGGCGAUGGUUCCAGGCCAAAUUCUAAUCCAAUAAAACGACAGCCGUCUGCCGAAGCCCCGUAUAACCUAGACAGAUCGGCCGACGGAAAGAUGACACCCGGGGGUGUCACACAGAAGAAGCGCAAAACACGUGGCAACAACAACACCAACGGCCGCGUCUAUGACUUUGUCGAUAAGUCGCAGGAAAUCCGCGCUCAUCUGGUCGGUCAACUGGGGCUGGAGGAAUGUAAGCUGCUGGACAAGCAUCGAGAGCUGGGCAUGUCCUCUCUUUUUGAAAUCAUUGGCCCGCUCGAUUACAAAGACCUGAUCUUCUCGGAAGAGUUUCUGGUCAAGAAAGUCAAGCGCGUGCAGGAGCUGUUUGAUGUCGUAGGUGCCCCUGCGUUUGCCUUCAGGCGAUUGGGUGACCUAGUGGCGUGUAACGAGCAGUUCUGUCACCUCUUCAACAUGCCGCGCAAGGAGGUCCUGGACUUCAACUUCAUAAAGCUGUUUCACCGUGACGAUAUAGUUGAGCUGGCUGGCGAGUUGUCGAAUAAAUUGGCGCUGUUCUUCCAUCCGAAUCAAGUGAUACGAAGCAUUCGACUGGUGCAUCCCGUUAGCAAGAACCUCAUCUGCGGACGUGCUUCUCUGCGCAUCAUCCGAGAUGUAUUUGAACUCCCAUGUCUGUACACUGUAAUCAUUCUCCCCGACAAAACGGGCCCGGGCGAGGAAGACACAUACGGAAAUGGAACCGUUAUCGUUCGAUGAGAGUAUAAUAUAAAUAUGCAAAUAAC